UCUGGCGCCAUUUUCUUCUCCUCGACCCACUUUCAUCAAUCGAAUAAAAGCUGCAUAGACCACGCUCGCUUCCCCGCAUUCUCUAAUCACCUCACCUCUUCCACUGCGACUGAGCACUUUCACUAAAGAACCUCGACGCGCUCAGCUUCACGCUCCACGGUUGAUACAAACUACGUGUCGCCAGCCUCACCACGCCGAGCCUCCCCCUUCUUCCUCUACAGCAAGCCCGAACACCACCCUGCCCUCCCUAUUCACAAUCACUGCGAAACUGCCUUUCUCUCUCACCACAAUGGCUCCUCGAUUCGUCAUCCCAAAGCGAUUCCCCAUAACUGCUGCAUCUGCGGGCAAGCGCACAACUCCGCUUGCUCGCUUCAACUCCAGCUCGAGCACCUCGAGGGCUGCGAGGGUCAUGGAGAUGGCCGCGCAGGCCGAGAAGCCGAGUGCUUUCGAAGCCUCUGUCCCCAUCCUGUGGGUCCUCUGUGGUGCCGCUAUUGUGACUGCUUGGAACCGUGUCGAUGAGAGGGAGGAUCACGUUGAGAAACUCCUCAUCGUCUAAUGCCCAUAUCCAUCAUCGGCGGCGUCCCUGCAUACAGCAUAUUCGCUUUGAUUCCUUCGAUUUGAAAAAUUGCAUCCAUACGCACGGCUUAGUGUUAUGGCAUAGGCAAUAGAUCUCCUUUUUUUUUCCUUAGGGCUUUCGGGCACAUCAUAUGGAUAACGGAUAUGCAGCGGUCUAGGUCAAUAGCUGUGGACACGGACUUGGUAUCGGUUUGGUCUGUGAGGUGUGAUGGACGGUAAUUCAUCCUCUGGCGUUAUGGUAUUGUAUAUCGAGCUUUCUCCAAGAUGAAAAGAUACCUGAUUGAUUCUCAACAUCUCCUUUGUCAGUCAUUGCGCAGUCGUUUCCGCUUUUGGCAUAUUUGUCUUCCUAUAUUUGCCAGUUCCUUUCAUCAUUUCUCUUUCAUU